AUGGCAGGUCACAAGGCAAGAAGGAUAGCCAAAGAUCUGGCGGAUAUUCGUGCGGACUCAACCUCUCAAAUCUUUGCUGAGCCUAUUGGGGAUAGCAUCACAGAUUUGAGAGGAUCGUUCAAAGGCCCUUCAGGGACACCGUACGAGGGUGGUACAUACGAGGUCUCGAUCAAGAUACCUAAUGAAUACCCAUUCAAGCCGCCAGUUAUGAAGUUUGUGACAAGGAUCUGGCACCCGAAUAUUUCCAGUCAGACUGGCGCCAUUUGUCUAGACACGCUAAGCACAGGAUGGUCUCCCGUUCUAACGAUCAAAUCUGCCAUGAUCUCAUUGCAGUCGUUGCUUAGCUCCCCAGAGCCCAAAGAUCCCCAAGAUGCGGUGGUUGCGAACCAGCUCAUCAAGAACCCCAAAGAAUUCGAGAGACAGGCACGAGAAUGGGCGGUGAAAUAUGCCGGGGCUCCCAGGGCUUUCAUCGGUGAAAGUAGCGGAGGGGCUACUGACAAGGACAUCGAGGCGGCCGAGAAGGAAAGUCAGGAGAGAGAAGCCCAGGCCAACAUUGCCGUAUACGACGGCUACAACAAAGACCUAAUUGACCGGUUUGUCAUGAUGGGAUUUGAUGUGGAGCGCGUAGUGGAGGCAUUCAAUUACGUGGGCAUUGAUAGAAACGGUGGCCAGGACUAUGAAUUGGAAGAGGCGUACAUGGGCGACAUCACGGCCAGACUGUUGGGCGAGCCUUAG